CCUACCUAACAGAACAUAAAUAGUAUCCAGCCCACCCACCACAAAUUCAAAACAACCUCGGAUUUUAAUUCCUUGCAAAAAAAUAUAUAAACAAAAGUUAAACCAAAUCAGCUAAAAUGGGUUCCAUCGCUCCUCAGUUCAACAACCCCGCCACCACCACGCUCUUUGAGCUGGUCAAGGCCCGUCGCACUUACUACGGCCUCAAGGCCGAGUCCCCCAUCGCCGACGACGCCAUUGAGGCCAUCGUCCGUGACUCCGUCCUCCAUGUUCCCUCCUCCUUCAACACUCAGACCUCGCGCGUGGUCCUCCUUCUCAAGGAGGAGCACCAGAAAGUCUGGGACAUUGCCAUCCAGGCCAUGGAGGGGCUCGUCGCCGCCGGUCACGUGCCCAAGGAUAUGUUCGAGAACCACACCAAGCCGAAGCUGAAUGCCUUCCGCGCUGCCUAUGGCACUGUCCUCUUCUUCGUCGACUACGACACCCUGGCCGGAAUUAAGGAGAAGUUCGCCAUCUAUGCGGACAAGUUCGACCCCUUUGCGCUGGAGUCGAACGCCAUGUCGCAGUACCUGGUCUGGACCGCCCUGGAGAGCGAAGGCCUCGGCGCCAACCUGCAGCACUACAGCCCCCUCAUUGACGAGGGCAUCCAGAAGCAGUGGAACCUCCCUGCUUCGUGGAAGCUGGAUGCUCAGCUGGUGUUUGGUGCGCCCGCUGGUGAGCCCGGUGAGAAGGAGUUUGCGCCCAUCGAGGACCGCUUCAAGGUGUUUGGGAAAUAAGCUGCGGUUUAAUUUUUGAUAUCCGCUUUCUUAUUGGUUUUUAGCGUAUAUACAAUAGAUAUGUCUUUAUUGUGCUUUGCAAGCUCGCUUA